ACUUUUGACCGGAAGUUUUGAUCUUACGAAAUCACGAAACACACACGCUUGUCCUUGUGGAAACUUCAGUUAUGUAAAUCACACAUUCAACAAAAAUUGAUAGAAAUUUUACUUAAUUCUAGGAGUCAUAUUCAAAUGUUUUAAACUUUUGCUUGCUCGCGCGAAAAAGUCAGGAGAUACCAAGACUGGCAAGAGGGUAUAAAAAUUGUCUUGCGUGAUAAAAUUUCGGAAAUAGGAUGGCAAGGAGAUCAGACCUCUUAGGAUUCAUCAGAGGUCUAGAGAGCAUAACAAAAGCUCUAGUAGAGACUCAGGGUGGUGAAGUACAACAGGCAUGGAAGAAUAGUACUUUACGGCCUAUUGUUAAAGACCUUAAAGUCAAAAGUGAAGAAGUUCUCAGUGAUGCUGUAUCUAAACAGCCAGAUAUACAGCAAAGUGUCCAGGAUAAAAUUGUACUGAUGGCAACACAAGCAAAAACAGUUCUAGAAAUGGCUAGAUCCGAAACAUCAUCAAGAUCAAGAUUUAUGAAUUCAAAAAGUGAAGAACUAUUUGAUGACUUUGACCUUUCUGAUGUGCCAGGAGAAAUGCUGUUUGCUGAACAAUCAGUUGGAUUGAAGAAGGAAACAAAAGACAGAAAAUUGCACACAUCUGAUGUAAAGGAAGUAAACAUCGAUGGAGCUAGUAAUGAAGAAUUGAACAAAGAUCCUUUACUUAAUAUAAACUCUAUAGCAGUUGAAACUUCACCUGAUCUAGUUACACAAUUUGUUCCACCCAUGUCAUCUGAAAAUGAAAUCAAUAUGGAAGGAGGCAAAUUGGAUGGGGUAACAGUUGACCCAUUUUUCAAUGCGAGUGCAGCUGCAAUAGAUCUGGAUAUGGUUGAGUCUUCAAAAGCUGAAGGAUUAAAAGGACCAGAGAAAACCAUGUAUGAACCAGAGCUUUCAAUCCCAGCAACAGAGAAAGCUAAAUCCACUCCAACAAAACCAUUAACAUCUAGUCAAAAAAGAACUGUUAAUAUUACUUCACCAAAGUUAAGUGAAAGAGCAAAAGAAAGAAGAGUUCCAGCAUCUAGAAUUGGUAGACUUAUGAACUAUGGGGCUUUGACAGCAGGUCUAGGCAUGGGAGCUUUAGCUGAACAGACCAGAAGAACAUUAGGAAUUUCACAAAAUGGAGGUGUGACAGCUGGAGCAAUAUUAGACAAAUCCAAUCCCUUUCUUACUGAAGCCAAUGCAGAAAGAAUUGUUAACACAUUGUGUCGUGUAAGGGGAGCCGCAUUGAAACUGGGACAGAUGCUCAGCAUUCAGGACAAUUCUUUAAUCAAUCCAGAGAUAACUAAGAUAUUUGACAGGGUCAGACAAAGUGCAGACUUUAUGCCCACAUGGCAGAUGAUGAAAGUUUUGAGAAGGGAACUUGGAAAUGACUGGAAGGAUAAACUUGAAUCAUUUGAUGAGAAGCCAUUUGCUGCAGCAUCUAUUGGACAGGUCCACAAAGGUGUGCUACAUGAUGGUAGAGAGGUGGCAAUUAAAAUACAGUAUCCAGGAGUAGCUAAAAGUAUUAACAGUGAUAUAAAUAACCUGAUGUCAGUCGUCAACAUCUACAAUAUUCUACCAAAAGGCCUUUAUGUAGAAAAUGUGAUGGAAGUUGCCAAAAUGGAAUUAGCAUGGGAAGUUGACUAUGUGAGGGAGGCUGAAUGUGGAAGAAAAUUCAAGAAUUUUUUGACAGAUAAUAAUAAUUUCUAUGUGCCUGAAGUGAUAGAUGAAUUAAGCACCAAAGAAAUUUUGACAACAGAGUAUGUAGAAGGUUUACCUUUGGACCAGUGUGUAGAUCUUGACCAAGAAACCAGAAAUAAAAUUGGUCAAAACUUGCUAGAUCUAACUUUAACAGAACUAUUUGUAUGGAGAUUUAUGCAGACUGAUCCUAACUGGUCAAAUUUCUUCUAUGAUCCUAAAACAGACAAGGUUAUUCUGUUAGAUUUUGGUGCUACGAGAGAGUUCCAUAAAAACUUUGUUGAUGCUUACAUCAGGAUUAUAAAAUCUGCUAGAGAUCAAGACAGAGAUGGGAUACUGAAAUGGUCUCAGGCCACAGGCUUCCUUACAGGAUAUGAAACUAAGAUUAUGGAGAAAGCCCAUAUAGAUUCUGUGAUGAUUUUAGGCAGAGCAUUUGCAAGCAAAGAACCAUUUGAUUUCGGAAAACAGUCUACAGCUAGUCAGAUUCAAGACCAGAUUCCUGUCAUGGCUAAGCAUAGACUCACACCACCACCAGAGGAAACUUAUUCCUUACACAGAAAAAUGGCUGGAUCUUUUCUUCUUUGUGCCAAAUUAGAAUGUCAGAUUGACUGUGGAACAUUAUUUGAUAAAAUAUGGGACAAUUAUAAAUUUGGGACAACAGAGACAGAAUUAUGAUGAUCAUCAAAUUUAGUUCAUUAUUAAAAUGAGUAAGAUUUGUAUGCCCAACUUACAAUUCAUAAAGAAUUGAAUACAUGUUAUUUAAUAAGCAAUUGAAAUUGUUUUGUCAUUUUAUUUUGACAGUGCAACUUUAUUUUGUGUUUGAAUUAUAAGUUAUACUUGAUAUUUAUUUUACAGAAUGCAUGGUAAAUCGUAAUUUUGUUGUUGUGAAUUCUGGGUGUAUCUAUUUAUUUUUUGUUCACAACUUUUCUUCAUUAUUAGCAUACCUGGAUUAAAAGUCCAAUAUGAGUUGCUGUUAUCACUACUUGUUUGAUGAACAACAGUCCGAAACUGUCCGGAUUUAUGCUUUGGCACAAUGAUGCUAUGUUGGAGUUCUGGUUGUCAAUGUGUGGUUCUUCAAUCGGGGAACUUUUCUGCUGCAAUCUCAUUGAUAGCCUUGAGUUGGAUGUAGCUGAUAAACAUCCUUGAGUUUGAAAGACAAUUCAUAAUCUGUUAUCACUAUUUAUUUAGGCAAUGUCAAAAACGUAGGCUUAUAAUGUCAUCAGCCUCUUUCUUCUCGACUGAGAAAAACCCUUAUCAUUUGAGUUAGUGCGAGAUGGAAAAUUAUCAUACAGAAAGAUCAAAGGAAAUUUGAGAAAAUGGGAUUAACAUAUAUUAUCAAUCGUAUUAAUUUUUCAGUUAGAAAGUCAAAGAUUUAGCCAUGAUGCCUGUUAAUGUCUUCUACAAUACUGAAAUAUAUUACAGUCUUAAAAUUUUCUUUCAAUGAUUGUAGCUGCAGAUAUAAAGCUGGUCUUUUUCUGCAGUUAGAUAAUGAUGUUACUAAUCAUCAUGAACUACAGAUUUAAAAUUUAACAUCAGUUUUGUUCUGCUUGAUCUUUCUGUUGACAAGGAUAUUGCCCUUUGACUUUUUCACUGUGCCUCCUGAAACAUUGGGGGGCCUCGGUGGCUGAGUAGUCCAACUACUGUAUCACUAGCAUGUCAACACUGAGGUUGUUAGUUUGAUUCCCGAAUAUGACAGGUGCACUCGACUCCAAUCUUAAUUGACUAGGAUUGUUAGUUUUCCUACUGAAGGUCGGUGGUUCUCUCCCAUCUUCCUCCACCAAUAAAAACUGACUGCCACAAAAUAUCACGAUAGUGUUGAAAAUGGCGUUCUUGAUACAUUGUUGAGUUUUGAUGUAUACUUGUAUGUAAAUGAGUGAUAGAUUGACUUUCAGUUAGAUCAGCCCAUUAAUGACAUCAUAAAUAGUGUUGUUCUUAUGUUACUUUGCAUAUAAUUCUAUUGUAUAAAUAAAUAUAAAAGAUA